CGCCGUCUCUUCCAAGAUUGUCCGCUCACCUCCGUCUCAACAGACAUCAUCUCAACUCCUGAACGCAUAAUGGUUGAGCUUAAGCCUAUUUUUAGGAAGGCCUACUGGUCUCUUGCAGCGGGUGGUCUACUCUAUGUGCUGUGUCUCCUCUCCUUGACAUUCCCAGAGGUCCAACGUUUUGUUCUUUAUGCCAAUAAGAUAAACCCCACCCUAUGGCAGGAUGUCAACCAAGUUGAGCAAUUUGGAUUUUUGAGAACACAAGUUCAACCGUUUCAUUUGGUGACGCCCGACAAUGAAACUAUCUAUGGGUGGCACUUGAUGCCCUUGCAUCUUUGCCUAGAACACGAAAAGGAAUUAAUGGAGAAUCCCUCUACGGGCCCAGCGGAAGAUUACACGAAGACCGUUGCCCACAAGCUUCUCGCCAAUGACCCCAAUGCACGAGUCGUCGUAAGCUUCCACGGAAAUGCGGCGCACUUGGGUUCUGCUCAACGCCCUGCGACUUACAACUCGAUGCUGAGCCUGUCUACCCCGUCAAACCCAGUCCACGUCUUCGCAAUUGACUAUCGCGGCUUUGGCGUUAGCACUGGAACUCCCACAGAGGAAGGCCUUAUCACAGAUGGCGUGUCACUCAUUAACUUCAUUACCGCAGGGCCAUUAAGGGUUCCCACUUCUCGCAUCGUCAUCGUGGGCCAAAGUCUUGGGACUGCGGUUACAACCGCAGUGGCAGAGUGUUUUGCAUUCGGAUCAUCUGAUCUUGCAGCUAUACAACCAGCCAUCAAGAACGCCGAGCCAUUUGCCGGUGUGGUCUUACUAGCAUCCUUCAGCAGCCUACCCAAUCUCAUCGAAUCGUACAGCUUCAAAGGCCUCACGCCCCCAAUGCUGUCCCCCAUCAUGGGAUAUCCUCGGUCUCAGAAGUGGUUAUUGAGCCAUAUUGUGGACCACUGGGACACGGCUGGGAGACUGGCGCGUCUUACGGGCGUCAAUACUACUUCCUUGAACGUUGUAGAUAUGGACUACACCGAUAAAAGCCUCGAUCUGACCAUAGUUCACGCUUUCGACGAUGCCGAAAUUCCCUGGUACGAAGGACGCCGCGUUUGGGAGGCUGCCACGGGCCGACACAUCAAGGGUGCCCCGGGCGCUAUGACGUAUCACAAAGCCGAGGACGGCAACCCUAGCGAGGUCAAGAUCUGGAAGAAUGAGAUCAGCAAUGAAGAUGGCACUGAGAUUGUGAAGAAAGUCAGAUGGGAACGGAUUCGAUACGGUGGUCACAAUCGCGUUGCAUCGGGCUCCGUGGCUGGUGUCGCUGUUAUGAGGGCUUUUGAGCAGUAAUAUCACCGGACACAUUGAUGGUAUGUAUGUACACAGAAAAAAAAGCCCUGGAACAUAUGGUCGCUUUUGGCGCAGUUACAAAUACCCCAUAAACCAAAUGAGGAAAUUAUGUCUUUGUACAAUGCAAGGUUUGUCAUUGUCCUCCUUGUGUUUGCCCUGCUUUUUACCUAAGAUUUGCAUUCAGGUAGCAUGCCAUUGAUCCUGGCACUAUAAAUACCAGCAUGCUGCCCACCUCUGGCUUUUUUCUUCACAGAAACAACAUCCCCUGGUUAAUAGUAUGCAAAUAUUUAAUUUACGGAUUUUCUAUAUAUUACCAC